GGAACCCUGCUUGGGUGGGGGCCGCUGUUGACCGGUUUUGCGGAGAACUGGUCGGAGGCUGGACUGCGUUGAGGGGAAAGAGAGCCAGGAAUGCGACCCGCCAGCGCCUGCCGCUGUCGAACCCCGGAGGGCGUGGGGACCCGGGGGCGUUGAAAUAGCCGCUGUAGAUCCGCCUCUUUCAUUGAUGAAAUUUAAGUUCGUGUGAUUUUACCUUUCCUGGGAGUUUCCAGUUGGCCUUUAUUUGUGUUAGAACAGUGUAGACAGGAGUUACAAGCAGACUCAGUCGCACCAAGUUUCUGUCUUUGGAAGUGGAGGUUUUCUUUUUCUUUUUCUUUUUUUUUUUUUUUUUGAGGCAGUUUUAAUCGCUUUCAAUAAAUACUCUCCCUUAAGUAGUUAAACAUUAGAAGAGGAGAAAGAACACGUCGGUUGUUAAAGAAGGGGAGGAAAUCACUACCUGAUAAGCGUGACUUCUUUAGAAACUAACAUAUAUAUAAUCCAGAGUAUUUUAGUAAAUCCCUAAAAUGUCGAGAUUUGUACAAGAUCUUAGCAAAGCAAUGUCGCAAGAUGGCGCUUCUCAGUUUCAAGAGGUCAUUCGACAAGAGCUAGAAUUAUCUGUGAAGGAGGAACUAGAAAAAAUACUCAGCACAGCACCAUCACAUGAGUUUGAGCACACUAAAAAAGACCUUGAUGGAUUUCGCAAGCUAUUUCAUAGAUUUUUGCAAGAAAAGGGACCUUCUGUAGAUUGGGGAAAAAUCCAGAGACCUCCAGAAGAUUCGAUUCAACCCUAUGAAAAGAUAAAGGCCAGGGGCUUACCUGAUAAUAUAUCUUCUGUGCUGAACAAGUUGGUGGUGGUAAAACUCAAUGGUGGUUUGGGAACCAGCAUGGGUUGCAAAGGCCCAAAAAGUCUGAUUGGCGUGCGGAAUGAGAAUACGUUUUUGGACUUGACCGUUCAGCAAAUUGAACAUUUGAACAAAACCUACAAUACUGAUGUUCCUCUUGUUCUGAUGAACUCUUUUAAUACAGAUGAAGAUACAAAAAAGAUACUACAGAAGUAUAGUCACUGUCGCGUGAAAAUUUAUACUUUUAAUCAAAGCAGGUACCCGAGGAUUAAUAAAGAAUCUUUACUGCCAGUAGCGAAGGAUGUGUCCUACUCAGGGGAAAAUACAGAAGCUUGGUACCCCCCAGGUCAUGGAGAUAUUUACGCCAGCUUCUACAACUCUGGUUUACUUGAUAUAUUCAUAGGAGAAGGCAAAGAGUAUAUUUUUGUGUCUAACAUAGAUAAUCUGGGUGCCACGGUGGAUCUUUAUAUUCUUAAUCAUCUAAUGAACCCACCCAAUGGAAAACGCUGUGAAUUUGUCAUGGAAGUCACAAAUAAAACACGUGCAGAUGUAAAGGGUGGGACACUCACUCAGUAUGAAGGAAAACUGAGACUGGUGGAAAUCGCUCAAGUGCCAAAAGCACAUGUUGAUGAGUUCAAGUCUGUCUCAAAAUUCAAAAUAUUUAACACAAACAACCUCUGGAUCUCUCUUGCAGCAGUUAAAAGGUUGCAGGAGCAGAAUGCUAUUGACAUGGAAAUCAUUGUGAAUCCAAAGACUCUGGAUGGAGGCCUGAAUGUCAUCCAGUUAGAGACUGCAGUAGGGGCUGCCAUUAAAAGUUUUGAGAACUCUCUAGGUAUCAAUGUUCCUAGAAGCCGUUUUCUGCCUGUCAAAACCACAUCAGAUCUCUUGCUUGUGAUGUCAAACCUCUAUAGCCUUAAUGCAGGAUCUUUGACAAUGAGUGAAAAGCGGGAAUUUCCUACAGUGCCCUUGGUUAAAUUAGGCAGUUCUUUCACAAAGGUUCAAGAUUAUCUAAGGAGAUUCGAAAGUAUACCAGAUAUGCUUGAAUUAGAUCAUCUCACAGUUUCAGGAGAUGUGACAUUUGGCAAGAAUGUUUCAUUAAAGGGAACUGUUAUCAUCAUCGCAAAUCAUGGUGACCGAAUUGACAUCCCACCUGGAGCGGUAUUAGAGAACAAGAUUGUAUCUGGGAACCUUCGUAUCUUGGACCACUGAAAUGAAAAAAUACCGUGUACACUUUAUACUAAUUAUGGGCUAGUUUCUUAUAAUGAAAUGUUCUCUAGGAUUCUAAGAUAGGCAGGUAUGCUACUAUUUUACUGUAACCUGCAGUGUUAAUUUUCAAAGAGUUUUCUGCCUUUUUGCAUAAGAGUAUGCUUUUAGCCUAAGAAAAGCACAGAUGGAAGCAAUACUUUUCUUGUUGGAAGAGGAUCCUGAGUGUUCACCUUAAAGUGCAAUAUUGUUUAAUCUUAAAACUGGGGCAGCUCUGCUGAAAAAUAUUUUAACAGAGGCCUCAGUGAUGGUCACUUUGAUUGCUUGUGAUUUCAAAAAUAAAGCUGUGAAGCAA